AUGCCCUUGGCACGGCGAGCGCGUGGGAAUGCCAUCAACGCGGCCGCCGAUAGCCGCUCCAUCAUGAGCGGUGGCAACGGUCGCACAGCCACUCCCGUCAAAGGCUGCAGCACCUGCACGAAACGUCGCAUUCGAUGCGACCUGACGCAGCCAACGUGCAAAAAAUGCGAGAAGAAAGGCCUCACCUGUCCGGGUUACGGCCCUCGCCUGCGAUGGGCUGGAGGGGUGGCGGUCCGCGGCAGGCUCAAGGGUCAGAACGUGCCGCUGCCCGGGACGAAGCCCAGCGGUCUGCCCAACGCUCUGCCCAGCGGUCUGCCCAGCGGUCUGCCCGGCGGUCUGUCCAACGGCCUGCCCAACGGUGCCCCGACCAGCAGUCCGACCAGCAGCCUUGCCGGCCCGCCGUCGUGGCGGAGUGUCGACGACGACGACGACAGGGGCGAGGAGGGCGUGCCCGUGCCUGGUCAUGAUGCCCUCGGCCCGGAUCCUCGUGGCCCCAGCCCUGACGCGGCCGCCGACGCCGCCGUGGGCUUUGCCGACGCUGCCGCCGAGGGGGCGGCCCCCCGCCGCGAGACGGUGACGCCGGCGUGCCUCGACCAGACGCUGCGCAGGUCGGCGCGCGAGUUCAUCGAGUACUACGACAAGAACAUCGCCGGCCUCAUGGUCUGGUUCGACUCGACCGACAACGACUACCGCAGCAGCGUCCUGCCCCGCGCCGCCAACACGCCCGGCCUGCGCCUCGCCGUCGCCGCCAUCUCGGCCCACCACGGCGGUCUGACCUUUGACCACGAGAUGCCGCGCUUCUCCGAGGCGGCCCGUGACGCCUGCCUCAACCUCAUCCAGGAGCACGUCAAGGACAUGACGGGCCGCCUCACCGGCGGCCUCGAGCUGACGAGCCAGUCCGACAUGGCCGACGCCGAGUGGAUGCUGGCCGCCAUCCUCAUGAUCUCGACGUACGAGAUGGCCAACGGCCAGACGACGGCGGCCGAGAGCCACCGGAUGGCGGCCCGGACCAUCGCCAACGUCUUCGGCCACAACGACGCCUGCCGCACCCGCGUCUUCGACUUCCUGCGCAACCAGCUCGCCGUCCUCGACGUGCUCUCGACCUCGACCUCGUUCGAGCUCGCCGACGUCGAGAGCACCGUGCUGCCGCCCGCGAGCAUGGCCGGCGGCCUCUUCGCCCAGUACCUCACCCUCGUCCACCACGUCACCCUCGUCUCGCGCCGCCGCAUGCACGCCGCCGCCGGCGUCGACGCCAUGUCCAUCGGCCCCGACCUCACCCCGACCAGCGUCCGCGCCCGCUUCGAGCAGGCCCGGGGCGCCACCCUGCUCGCCGCCGGACGCCUUCGCAUGCCGUCGGCCGUGAGCCGCGACUUCAUCCGCCUCGUCGACAUCUACCACCACGCCGGCAUCCUCUACUCGUACCGCUGCCUCGGUCUCGUCGCCCUCGAGCCCGUCGACCGCGCGUCGUCCCUGGUCAAGCUGUUCGAGCAGCUCGCCGCCCUCGAGGACGUGACCAUGUGCGCGCCGAACCUGCCCUGGCCCGCCUUUGUCGCCGGCACCGAGUGUCGCGACGACGUCGAGAGACGAGAGGUCAUCGCCACCCUCUUCGUCACCAUGACCGACGCCACGGGCUUCAGCCACUUCACCGACGUCCUGCGCUUCCUCCGCACCUUUUGGGGCGGCGACGACGCCAACUGGCAGCCGCUCGCCCGCGACCUGCAGCGGAAGGGCUUCCGCAUCCUGCCGCUCUGA